AUGCCUAAAUCACCGAUCGAGAUUGUCCUGGGAACAGGAAAUGUUGGAGACAUGUCCAGAGACCCAAUGGCCAAGUUUGACUCGCCAGCAGAAGUUCAAGAGUUUCUCGAUGCCUUUUACAAGAGCGGUUACCGCCAGAUAGAUACCGCCAGAGGCUAUUCACCACACGCUCCAUUGUCCUGUGAGCCCCGUCUCGGUGCAGUCAAUGUCGGGGAUAAGUUCAUCAUUGGCACCAAGGUUGUCUCACGCCCCGAGGGAGCUCAUUCGAAGGACAAGAUCGCGGACAGCGUUGAUGGUUCCUUGGCGGCAUUGAAAGUUCCUCAAGUUGACAUUAUGUAUUUGCAUCAACCUAACCGCAGCGUGCCUUUUGAAGAGACCGCGGAGGCCAUGGACAAGGCCUAUCGGGAGGGCAAGUUUAAGCGAUUUGGAUUGUCCAACUACACGGCUGCCGAGGUUGAGCAGUUCAUCAAGAUUAGCGAAGAGAAGGGGUUUGUAAAGCCAACUGUCUACCAAGGACAGUACAACCCUAUCGUUAGAAGUGGAGAAAAGGAGCUCCUCCCCGUGUUGCAGAAACAUAACAUUGCCUUUUACGCUUGGAGUCCUGGCGCUGCGGGAUUCUUCAAUGGCAACCACAAGAACGCCCAAGCUGGAAGUCGCUACGACACCUCUCAUUUCCUCGGCAACUUUUACACUGCGAGAUAUGUCAAGCCAAGCAUCGAUGCUGCUGCCGACCGCGUGCGAGAAGUCGCCGCAAAUCAUGGCAUCUCUGGACAUGCCGCGUCUCUUCGAUGGACUGCCUACCACAGCGCUCUUUCCGCCGAGCGUGGCGAUGCCAUCAUCAUUGGUGCCUCGAGCAUCAAGCAGCUAAAUGAGAACUUGGAGAUUUUUGAGCAGGGGCCACUUCCGCAGGAUGUUGUUGAUGCAGUUGAUGCUGUCUUUGCAGAAAUUGGAGAUGAUGCGAUUGCGUAUCACAACUAG